AUGACUAAGCCGCAAGGAGUCUCUUACUCAGACCAACAUAUUUCGCUGCAUGUGUGGUGGCGAAAGAAGCAGUUUGUUUUGUCGUUCGCUCAUGCAAAUUGUUUUAGGGCUGCUAAAAGGGAGCUGUGGACUAAUUUGGCUACCUCUAACCCUGGUCAGGGUACUCCUUGGAUGGUAGCUAGCAAUUUUAAUGCCACUUUGCGGACUCAUGAAAAAAGAGGUCCAGGAUCUUUCAACAUGGGCUCUGCUGCAGUGUUCAGUGCGAUGGUGGAUGGGUGCUCUCUUAUCCAGAUUCCUUCGCAGGGCCGCAAGUUUACCUGGAUAAAUAAUAGAAGAAGAGGUAAUGUUGUGGCGGUGUUGGAUAGAAUAUUCUGCACAGAUGAUUGGUUCUCUGUGUUCCAAGAUUUCCAUCAAAAGGUUUUAUUCAAGGGUGCGUCUGAUCACUCCCCAAUGCUGGUGGUCUUAGAAGAUUUAGUGAAGCCUUUAAAUUGUCCUUUUCUGUUCCAGAGAUCUUGGUUUGACCAUGAAAAAUUUCUCAAAAUUGUGAAAGAUUCUUGGGAUGAAUGCAUCAGUCGAUCGGCUCUCUAUGUGUUUAGUCAUAAAAUUAAAAGGCUGAAAAGUGUGAUUAAGAAGUGGGCUAGAGAGACAUUUCCUAAUGUGAAUUUGGAAAAAGGAGGAGGUGCUAAAAGGGCUAGAGGAGAUUCAAAAGAAGAUUAA